ACAGAGCUGUUUGUCAGCCGCUCGAGAAGCUGCUGCUGCCUGUGGUGGGAAAGCUGCAGCUGUGCCCACCCCCAGCCUUUCUAAAUAAAGAAGGACUGAUCACAUCACUCUGGGAGGUGAAUGAAUGAUGCACAGCAUGGAGGCUCAUUUACAUCAUUGAGAACUGGAGGAAUAAGCUUUGCUAUAAUUCUCUGUUUGUGGACGAACUGCCGGACUGUACUAAAUUGAAUUACAGUACAGUAAUGUGCUUCGAAGGAUUUCCUAGAGGCGCCCAUUCACAAGGCUGGUGUAAGAGAGCUCCUUCCCAACGCCUGGGCUGUGUGAGGCUGAAUAGAUGAACACACACAGCUGCUGUAGCCAUGGGAUGUGGCACUUCUGUUGCCACUGAGAGCCAAGCAAAGCAAUCAGAGAAAGAGUUGACUUACAAAUUCUUUUAUUCAAUUACUCAACGUGCAGAUGAGUCUCCCAAGGCUCCCUCUCCGGCACUAGCUAUUAAAGCAGCAGUUCUGAUCCAGCGCUGGUACAGGCGCUACAUGGCUCGGAUAGAGAUCAGGCGACGAUACACAUGGAGCAUCUUCCAGUCCAUAGAGUAUGCUGGGGAGCAGGACCAGCUGCAGCUGUCCAGCUUCUUCACUUUCAUGCUGGACAACUUCACUCACCUUGGUGGGGAAAGCCCAGACUUGAUUUCCCAGUUCCUGGACCCCACAAGUGACCCCAUGAAAGAGGAAGGCAGAGCAGCAAAGUACGAGAAGAUUGAGGUUCCAGACUCCUACCCUGGCCCCCAUCUCUCCUUCCCCCUCACUGUUGCACACACUAACGCAUUGCUCAGAGCAUUCAAGCAGCAGCAGCAGCACCUACAUGCCCGCUAUGUUCUACAGUUACUACAUGAAACAAAGAAAUUCUUGAAGAAGAUGCCAAACAUCAUCCACUUGUCGACAUCCUACACCAAGGAAAUCACAAUCUGCGGUGAUUUACAUGGAAAACUGGAUGAUCUGCUGCUUAUAUUCUACAAGAAUGGACUUCCCUCAACUGAAAAUCCUUACGUGUUUAAUGGCGAUUUUGUUGACAGAGGGAAGAAGUCAGUGGAGAUUCUAAUAAUCCUAUUCGCCUUUCUACUUCUCUACCCCAAUGAUAUGCAUUUAAACCGAGGAAAUCAUGAGGAUCACAUUAUGAAUCUGAGGUAUGGAUUUACGAAGGAAGUUAUGCAGAAAUACAGGUCUCACGGGAGGGAGAUAUUGCUGUUGCUGCAGGAUGUCUUCAGCUUGCUUCCUUUAGCAACCAUAAUUGACAAUAAAGUUCUCAUCGUCCACGGAGGGGUAUCAGAUAUGACAGACCUGGAUUAUCUGGCUUCAAUAGAGAGACACAAGUUUAAGUCAGCACUCAGGCCCCCCAGGAUGAGUAUAGACAGUAGCCAGGAUAAGGGCAGAAGAAAGACCAAGGGCCAGUUACCGGCUCAGUCUUCAGGUGGCCACAGGAGCAUCUCCACAAGAUACAGUAGCAACCAUCUGAUGAAACCUAGCAGUGGAGCGUCGUUAUCACCCUCCUCCUCCUCACUAUCUUCCUCCAUCCCCGAGUCCCGCAGAAUGAGUGACGUCCAGGAGAAGGACACCAGCACGAACAGCAACGGACAGCACCCACUCCAUCACAGGAGCAUCAGCCCCGCGGGUAUACUGGAGGUGCCCUUCCUAGACUCCGACGUCACCAUCACUCCGAAAGUGCCGAGCUGGGAGGAGAUGGAGUGGAAGCAGAUUGUGGAUUUGCUUUGGAGUGACCCCAAAAACCAAAACGGCUGCAGCCCCAACAGCUUCCGAGGGGGAGGCUGUUACUUCGGACCUGAUGUCACUCUCACAUUGCUGAAGAAGUACCGUCUGAAGAUGCUGAUUCGUUCACACGAGUGCAAACAGGAGGGCUAUGAGCUCUGCCAUGACGGGCAGGUGAUAACAAUUUUUUCUGCCUCCAACUACUAUGAAGAGGGCAGUAAUCGUGGGGCCUACAUUAAGCUCGGCCCGGAUCUGGUGCCACGUUUUUUCCAGUAUCAAGUCAGUAAAUUUACUAGGAGGAUGACACUGCAGCAGAGAGUAAGUGUGGCUGAAGGUUCUGCUCUCAAAUCUCUGCGAGAAAAGCUGUAUGCUCACAGAUCAGAGCUCAUCGCUGCCUUUAAACAAUACGACACUUACAACACAGGAACUGUUUCCACCAGCGACUGGGCCUCUGCAGUGGAGUCGGUCCUACGCCUUGAUCUCCCCUGGAGGACGCUGCGCUUGCGGCUUGUCAGGCUGGCUCCUGACGGGAGCGUCGAAUACCUCUCCUGCUUUGAAGAUCUGCACAUGGAACAGCCCAUUAAAGAGCAGGUUACACCAAGCUUGGUGGAGACGCUGUAUAGAUAUCGAACAGACCUGGAGAUAAUAUUCAAUAUGAUUGACAAGGAUCAUUCAGGACUGAUUUCCAUUGAGGAGUUCCGUCAGACCUGGAGGCUGUUCAGCUCGCACCUGCACAUCCACGUAGACAACGCAGCCAUCGACGACCUGGCCCGCUGUAUUGACUUCAAUAAGGAUGGCAGCAUUGACUUCAAUGAGUUUCUGGAGGCGUUCCGCGUGGUGCACAAACUGGACUCCAAAGAAAAACACUGAUGUUUUUUUAUUGUAUCUUAAACACCCUGUGACGUUUACCACAUCCUCACUGCUUACCAUUACUGCCUCCUGUACAGUAUGUGAUUAUUGAGACAUUGUUACGUUAUGCCCAAGCUCAUAACUGAACUGAGGGAUUUAUGGAUUUUACUGCCACUUAAAAACAUUCAGUUUGCGGUUCAUGAUUGCUGAUUGCUGCAUGAUUCAAAGUAUUAAGUUCCUGUGAAAGGAUAGCUUUGUGGUCAUGGCUAGCAGGAAUAGCAGAGCCAGAAGACAGAGAUUGUGGUUCAAAAGCACUUUUUGUGGACUGUAACAAACUAAAGAUUUACACAAACAAAUACAAAAUCAGAGAAAUGAAGCACCCAAACUCUGCUAUCUCGCUGCUCUGGCCUGUGACCCUACCAAAAGCCCCCAAACAAAGGAACUGGCUUUUCUUUUAUACAGGUGGACAAACUCAAAUGGGCAAUUAUCCUGUCUGACCACAUUCCACGCGUGAAGGUUUUAACCAAACCUGAAACUUUAUUUAUACAAAAACACACACACAACCACAUAAACAAUAUAUACAAAGUCACAUGUGCAGGACCUUAAAUAAAGUACUGUAUGACAUUCAGUUGUUCCCCGGAAGUGGCACAAGCUCCAAACCUGCCUCUGAGCACUGUGAGUGACACUGGUGGAACUCUGGUAGUUGCUCUGACACUAGGAAAGUGCAUUUUAUUCAUUUGACUUCAUCUCUAGAUUUUAUUACCAGCUAUGUGUAUCCUACCAUGAUGCUUUAAACAAAAUAUACAUUUGUGUAAUACUUUUCUAACCUGUUAAAUAUCCCUUUGAGUGUACUGUAUAAUUCUUUAUUGAUAUGUUGCCAGUAUAAUUAGUUGCUAUGCCAACUAUUCCAGCAAAAAAAAUAAUAA